UCAGCUCACGGUCUACCAGUCUAGGGUCCGCCCUCCACCUCCCGCCCCCCACGUCCCGCAAGCAACCGUCGAGGAUGCGCGGAUCCUCCGCAGCCAUGGCCUCAGCAGGGGCUGAGAAGCGGCCAGGGGCCCAAGACGGAACAGCCUUGGGGCAGUCACAGCUUACGGAGCUGCCUGGUGGCCAUGUGCAGAAUUCUGAGUGUCCAGUUAUGGGAGACCAGUGCCCGGUGCCAGCCCAUGAAGCCUGCCAAACCGAGGGUGAAGACAAGUGUCCAACAGGGCCAGUCUCAGAGCCAAAGAUCCAGGAGAAAAGACUCAAGCUGGAGGAAGAGAGGCACAAGCCGGAGGUGCAGGCACUAGAGGAGAGAGGCCCCAGGCCUAUGGCCUCCAUUGUGAGGACCAGUCAUGGUCUGAAGAGGAAGCCGGCCUUCUUGUCCCCUAGGCUCCCAGGACCUAGCCACCAAGCCCAUCCUAGGGCUGAAGCUGAGCUGCCACAGGGGAUGCCGCUGCAGAGGGAGGAGCGGGAGAGUAGCCAGAGUGAGCCCUCACCAUCUGCCAAACAGCACAAAAAAGCCAAGAAGCGCAAGAGUGUGGGAACCCCAGUGCUCCCCGUGGUGGCCAGCACAGUGUCUGCUCCCUCAGGGACCUUAGGACUGCAGCGCAAGGCCCAGCGCCUGCGGCCCCUGUACCGGUACAUCAACUAUUGCAACCCUGAGCUGAACCAGGCAGGGGAAGGGGACAGGGAGGCCGAGGCUGAGGUGAAGCCUGAGUCGGAGCUGGCCCUCGUCCCCGAGGAGACGGGUGUGGAGCAACUGCAGGCCUUGCUGCCCUCGGCAGGUGAGCUGGGCUCAGGCCUCACUUUGCCCUGCCCCAAUAUGUUCACGACCCCCACCUACACUCUGGUUCCCCUGGGAGAGGAAGCUGGCGAGGAGCCUGGGUGUUUGCCCAGCCUGGGGGUCAGCGGUUGCCUCAAGGCUGAGAUGGUCAAGUCAACUCAGGUGGACAUCAACAAGAUGCCAAGCGUCUGCGCUGCCCCACUUGUACUCCCACUCUCUCCUCAGUACAAGUGA